ACAAACUUUAGUGUUCGCCAGUGUGGCAUGUGACUAUUCAGGAAAAACCAUUGCAUUCCACAUGGACCAGGGCUCAAACUCAAACUAUUUUGCUGCUGUGAUUGAAUUUGAGGGGGAAGAUGGUGACCUUGCUGGUGUUGAGUUGAAGGAGGCUUCCUCAUCGGACGGUGGUGAUGAAUGGCGUGCCAUGCAACAAUCAUGGGGUGCAGUGUGGAAACUUGAUGCAGGCUCAGAAUUGCAUCCUCCAUUGUCAAUAAGGUUGACAUCUCAGUAUUCAGCCCAAACUUUGCUGGCCAAAGAUGUAAUUCCAGUUGGGUGGAAACCUGGUGCCACCUAUAGAUCCUCGGUCAAUUAUCUAUGA